AUGCUACCGGUGGAGGGGAUGGUCGAUACUCAGCUACAGGAUCAAUACGUGAUGUUGUGCAAAACUGUUGAGUAUUGUUUGGACAGCCAUUUCGGUGAUGCGGAAAGCAUGAUCGCUUCCCUUUCAAAAGUCGGACUGUCAGAAAGUCGAAGGAAUUUGGUGAGUGAUCAUCUUCCGGAACGAUUGGUACUCCUCGCCGAUGGCAACCGAAACCUGGAGAUUCCAAUGAUGCAGGGACUGGUCUGUUGUUAUCUGUAUGAGAAGCUGCUUAGAACGGAGAGAAUCUUCCCGGGUCUCGAUCAGGCCACGGAAGCAUGUCUGGGAAUGAUCAUCGAUGGUAUGAAUUUCCUGAAGCCCGCAAAAGACCAGACCGCUGUCCAGAUGUGGCGAGUUGACCUGCAACGAACUCUCCACGCCGAUGAACAGUCCAAACGACUGCGCGAAAAUGAAUUGCGCGAAAUUGAGGCCACCAUUAUGCGAUGUCUGCAACUGUUGAAGGGGACAGGGCUUCGCGUUCGUUCCAGAGAUCUGUCGCUGUGCAGUCGAUUCGUGCAAGAAGCGGGCAGUCUGGCCGAAAACAUUCGGGAGUCCAUGGCAGAAUAUGAGUUGGAUUACAACUAUGGACCUCUAGUGAUCAACGAGGAGAGAUUUAAAGAUUUCACGAUUGUUGAUAGCCGGACCGGGUGUCCCUUGCGUUCUACGGCGGUUCCAGUUGCAGGUCCAUCCAGGAGAGUUGGCGAGGUUCUAUUCACCGUGUAUCUUGCAUUCGUGCGCAAAUCGUCGGAUUCCAGUAAGAAAAUCGUGCUCGUCAAAUCCACAAUGGUGGUGGAGUUUGGCCAUCCAGUUCCUCGUGGGCGAAAGAGCCAUUCAUCUCAUGGAAUGACGGAAGUGGUAGAGUCCCCAUGGAUUCUGUAA